UUUUUCAAGUGACCGUUCCAUCCCAGAGAGAUUUUUAUCGUCUUUUCAAGAGUCACUGUCUUUUCGGGUUCCCGCAGCCUCUCACCUCAUAAAAUAAAGUUCAACUUCACAACAAGGCUAACUGCUCGAAAGCGGCCAAACCCAUGCCACAAGAAGCGCCGAUGCGAGUAAUUGAACAGGCCGUAUGGGAGACCUUGCCGCUGAUAUUUAAAGCGGAGCAGUUUGAAGAGAGAAGAGGCUGGUAUUUUUGGGAAAUGAGAUGAUAAGAAUGAUUCCAGGGUUUUGUAUAAAGAUUCUAACAGGAGCACAAAAAAGGAGAUUCAGAAGAGUAUAUUCGGUACCCGAAGCCUCACUCGAGAACAUUUCGGUAUUUUUGCAGAAAGCUGCCCAAUGUGUAUCCGGAACGAGGACCGGAGCGGCUCGCUCAUCUCAUUAAACUCUCCUUACUUGAGGGCCCUGGCUGUGAGGUGUCCAUUGCGUCCUUUUCUACUGGCUGAGGAUGUGUCGACCGCCUCAUUUUUUGAUGUGCUUGAACCUGGUCAGGCUGGUAUCAAAGCUGCAAAUCGGCCCAACGGCGAGGCUGAGCCAGCAGGGUCCCCCUUCGAACCUUUCUCUCAAUGGCCACCAGGGAGAGGAAGGAGAUACGUCUAUAUUUGGCAUUGUUGCGCCUGUGGGAAGGCCGGAAUUGGGAUCAUGACCGAAUCAUGUCCAGAUUGUGGGGCAUCAAGGUGCCCUUUCUGUAGGACAGAGAAAGUGAGGGUUCAAUCAACAAUGAGACCAGAAUCGCUAGGCGUGGACAAAGACGUGGACAACGAAAACACGCUCACAACAGUCUCGAGUAUCACAGAAAAGGGGGCUCAUAGAGAACAAGCUCGGCAAGAAGUGGUUGAUAGCUGGCCACACUGUUGCUUACAUUGGAGAGAUGCAGGCUGAGCGUUGGCUCAGGUCGGAAGAGGUGUCAUUCUUUGUUCACUGUCAUCUUCCUCCCGUCUCUCCCAAGCUUGGUUCUAAGUUGUCCCCAAAACGACUUCAAUUCCCAAAGCCUAAGCGACAACUUC